CCCCCUUCCACGUCGACCUGCAUACUCGCCAUAUUCUCAAGCCGGAGUGCACCGCGCGAUCCGUUUGCUUGUUCAGCGAAACGGGACAAUUCGGGCUCGCCAGAGGUCACAAAAGGAGACUGUCGACUUUUUAGAGGAGGAAGUCAAUUGAAGUUGACGUUUCGGCCGUAAACUUUGCCACCAUGAACGUGUUCCGCCUGACAGGAGACCUUUCCCACUUGGCAGCCAUCAUCAUCCUGCUCCUGAAGAUAUGGAAAAGCAGGUCGUGUGCAGGUAUCUCUGGAAAGAGUCAAAUCCUCUUUGCGAUUGUGUUCACGACACGCUACUUGGACCUGCUCACCUCCUUCAUCUCGCUCUACAACACGUUCAUGAAGGUGAUCUACAUCGGCUGCGCGUACGCCACUGUCUACUUGAUCUACGCCAAGUUCCGGGCCACCUAUGAUGGCAAUCACGACAGUUUCAGGGUGGAGUUCCUGGUGGUCCCGGUCGGGGGUCUGUCUGUGCUCAUCAAUCAUGACUUUUCCCCCCUUGAGAUCCUGUGGACGUUUUCCAUCUACCUGGAGUCGGUGGCCAUACUGCCGCAGCUCUUCAUGAUCAGCAAGACGGGCGAGGCGGAAACCAUCACCACCCACUACCUGUUUUGCCUGGGCUUGUACCGAGCCCUCUACCUCUUCAACUGGAUCUGGCGCUUCUACUUUGAGGGCUUCUUUGACAUGAUCGCCAUCGUCGCCGGCGUGGUCCAGACGGUCCUCUACUGCGACUUCUUCUACCUUUAUGUCACCAAAGUGUUGAAAGGCAAGAAGCUGAGCCUUCCGGCGUAAGACCCACGCGGAGUCCCCGUCAGUGGACUCGACCCGCUUGCGCCGAGAUAACACCUCAUGGCGCAGCGAGUCGGCCGCCAUUAAGAAGGGGGAAAAAAACAAAACAAACACUUGAGAGUCUUCUUACUGGCCGACGGCCGGCGGCGCGCGGCAACCAACGCCGUAGCUGAACAAACGUCGCUCCAACAAGUUCACCAUCACAUUUGUGUGUUCAAAGUUUUUGCCUUAAACUUCGUUUUCAUUGCUGGCCCAGUAGGAGAAAAGGCUUUUUUUUCUCCUCGCUCUUGCUCUUUCUUACUCCAUUUCUCUCUCAACACGUGAGGUGCAUACACUUUAUUUUUGCCAUGUCCGUUUUAUUUUUUUUUAAACAAAACUCACAAAUAGGGCGACUCUCUGUAAGGAAAUCUGCACAAAUGUACAGUCUGACUAAAGCAAAACAAACAAAAAAAGUGUACGAGUGCCUCAUUGACAACCACAUCCUCCUGCUCACUGUAUUUUCUUUUUUUUCUCUCUCUCGUUUUGUAUACAUAUUAGUUCAUACAUUUCUCCUCUUUGACAACUAUUUUAAAGCCCAACAAAUAGGUUUCCAAUUGAAAGGAAAAGGCCAAAUCUUUUUUAGGAGGACAGAGUUAAGAGUUGUUGUUUUUGUUGUCACCACUUUGUCUGAACUGCGAUCACGGUGUUUUGAAAGUGUCAAAUUGUCUCAUCUCGCUGAUGAACAGCUGAAGAGAAACGCUGUCAAAAUGGAAUUGCAGUUGGCUACUCCUCCAGGGUUGGGAUGCUUUUUGAAUUCUUACUUUUUUUUAUUUUUUAUUUUGCAUGAUCUCACCUCCAUUAAAGAUUUUAUGAGAAUCGCCA